CCCAUAAGUCCCGCCAUCUCCCCUAUCCCUCCUCCAUUCCCGGCCAAUCACGCUGCACUCUCUCGCCCUGCCCCCGUACCGAGCCUGUCGGCGGCCUAGCCUACUAGCCGCGAGCCGCGGCUGCGGAAGGAUGGCCGGUGAGGCCGGCGUGUUCUCGGAGGAGCAGUUCUGGGAGGCCUGCGCCGAGCUCAAGCAGCCCGCGCUUGCCGGCGCCGACUGGGAGCUGCUGGUGGAGGCCAUGGGUCUUCGCUUCUACCGGCUGCGGGACCAGGAGACUGGACUUUAUAAGUAUAAAGGCUUUGGUGUUCUGAAGGACUGCCCGCCGGCGCUACUCGCAGAUGUCUGUAUGGACCUAGACUACAGAAAAGAGUGGGACCAAAAUGUUGAAGAACUCUAUGAAAGAGAACGCAAUGGACAGACGGUGGUCUACUGGCAAGUGAGGUACCCUACUUUCAUGUCCAACAGAGAUUACGUCUACAUUCGGGAGAGGCGAGAGCUGGACGUGGAAGGGCGGGACAUCUACGUAGUCCUGGCUCAGAGCACCUCCCAUCCAGAGUUUCCCGAGAGGUCCAGUGUGAUUCGGGUGACGCAGUACACACAGAAACUGGUGCUCAUGAGCGAUGGCGGGAACGGGAGCAAAGUUUUCAUGUAUUACUUCGAUAACCCUGGUGGCCAAAUUCCGACCCGGCUCAUUAACUGGGCUGCCAAGAAAGGGGUUCCUGAAUUCUUGAAAGAGCUGGUGAAAGCCUGUCAGAACUACCCCAGGAGAACCUAAGAAAGAGGAUUGGGCACCUCGUGUCCAGGGAAUGGUGUCUCCGGAAGCGCCACAGCCCGUGGAUGCUCAGCCUUCUCUGCCCUUCCGCCU